GUGAUUUUCUCUUAUAUGUGUUGGUUAUUGUUGUUGCUGUUCUCAGGUAUGGCUGCUCAGGGGAGCCCCCUGCUGGCCUCAUUACCGGUGCAGGGUCGCCCACUUCAGACCCCUCUGGACCUGAAACACUUCCUGCCCUUCCGGCUCAGUGGCUCCUCCCCCCUCAACCUGUUCCCCAACUUCAACACUAUGGACCCGGUGCAGAAGGCUGUGAUAAACCAUACGUUUGGUGUUCCUCAGUCCCUGAAGAAAAAACAGGUCAUCUCAUGCAAUAUCUGCCACCUGCGCUUCAACUCCACGAAUCAGGCUGAGGCUCAUUAUAAAGGCCAUAAACAUGCUCGUAAGCUGAAAGCUUUAGAGGCUCAGAAGAACAAACAGCAGAGGCGACAACUCGACAACACACAUCACAACCGAGACAGAGAGAAGGACCGAGAGAGGGAAAGGGAGAGAGACAGCAGCAGAGUGAAAACGAGCGCUCCAGAUCCACUUCCUGCCCUGCUGGAUGACACCGCCAUGGAGGAAACUGCUGUCUGUGACUCCGAUCCUGUCCUGAAGGUGGAUGAUGCUCACUUUAGUUCGGUGGUCCUGACACCUAUAUCAGAGGUCUCGUCUGCAGACCUGUCUGUGUCCUCCCCUUACUUCCAGAACCCGGACGGUCCGCUCGAACCCACCGCUGCCACCAGCGAGACAGCUGCACAGCAGGACAACCCUACGGAGGACACACCGGCAGAGAAGGACCCCAAAAAGACCAAAAAACAUCUGCAUUGCCCCGUCUGCAAAGUCACAGUUAACUCCACCGUUCAGAUGGAUGCUCACAAUAGUGGCACCAAACAUAAACUAAUGAUGGAAGGCCAGAGUGUGUUGCCACGGCGACGAGGGAAGACACUGUCAUCCCGCCCCUCAUGUAAAAGCAAGCGAUUGGCCAGUAAGGGGAGUGUGGGCGUGGCCAGCAAGAGCUUCUACUGUGAAGUUUGCGAGAUCCAUGUUAACUCUGAGACUCAACUCAGCCAGCAUAUGAACAGUCGAAGGCAUAAGGAUAGACUGGCUGGGAAACCCCCGAAGCCCAAGUUCAACCCUCAUACCAAGAGUCAGCCUACCUCAGCAGCCUCGCAGGGUGUCAGAUGGAACAGUUAUGCGGGAGGCGCAGUGUCUGCUCUGAAGAAAGUUAUCAACCAAUGCAAUCUCUCCUCUCUGUCCUCACAGACUAAACUGGCUCUACAGAAGCAAUUGACAAAAAAUUUGACCGCCAGCUUCCUUCCCUCCCCCAUAACUCCACCCACCCUCUGCGCAGUCACAGCCAAUCAUCUUGGACUGCGACACCCGCCGGGCACUACUUUCAUUCAGACGCCGAUCCUCGGCCCUGCCCUCUUUAGGCCAGCGCCCGGACCUCUGAGAGCAACCCACACUCCCAUCAUAUUUUCCCCUUAUUGAUCACCUCGAAACCAUGCAAGCACGCUCUCACAACAAGGGGCACAUUCACGUGAUUUAGUCUUAUGAUCAGUUCUCAGUACUGACGGUCUCUGUGCAAACUUUGUCUGUGCUCCUUCUCUCUCCAAACUGUAUACACUUAAGUAUAUAAACACAAACACACACUCCCAUAGUGUUCCCUGUCCUCCUCAAAAACUGUGACUCUGAAAGAGUCACUCUUGAACUAUGCAGCAAAGGGAGAGAGAGUGUGUGAGAGGGAGAGAGAGAGCAAGACCAUAUAUGGGAAUAUGGGCGGGGCCUCAUUGAUAACACCAGCCCACUAUGCAGAUGAACGCUUUAAGGAUAGGACAAGACUCAUAAAGGAGUGAAAGAGCUAUAAGAAGGAUAUUUAGUUUUGCUUUAUGAGAUAUUUAUCAUUAUACAGAUAUUAAUCAGGUUUUUAUUCUAGAAUUUAUUAGAGGAAAGAUAAUUUUAGAGACCUAUAACUGCAUUAGCUGUUUGUUUAGUGAGGAGAUGCAAACAUCCCUUUACUUGAUCCUUUUAUUUUUAAGUAUUUUAAAUUGUUAUCAGUCUGUUUUCUUGUCGUUCCACGUGGAUAUAUUGCCGUUGGUCUGUGUAUUCGCACACAUUUUGAGUAACCUCAUCUGACCGGCUUUUGUUAUAAACACAAAGCUCAUUGGUCUGUCAGUUUACAGAUGCCAAGGCUUUCUGUCAUGGGUAAUAACAGAAUAACACAGAGUACUAGUCUAAUAUAUGAACUUGACAGUUUGGUAGCAAGGCAACACACACACACACACUUGUCCCAAUCAGUGUCGUAAUUUUCUCAGUGUUGAUGCAUAGAUUAGAUGAUUUGAGAUUGCAGAUGCACACACACACACACACACACAACCUCAGAUGAGAUGAUUACGGUUCAGUCACAGUUUGACGUGGCCUUUUAUGUCUGCAUAUUUUGCUCUCAGUAUUUCUUCUUUACGGCCUCACAAAGGUCAGUGUGCCUGUCAAAAAUCUCUCCGCAUCCCAUCUUGAUUUAGAUCUAAAACGUUACCAUGUUAUUUGCUUGUGUGUGUGUGUCAUGAGUUCACUACUCCUGAUCUUAUUCAGAAUAACAUUUUCGAUUCUAGAAGCAUCAUUGAUUUAUUUACAUAGAAGAGCCAUUGCCAAAACAUAAUGGCGGUCACUGAAAAUACAUCAGUACUGUUAAAAUGAGGAUGCAGGUGUAAUUUCAGAUUACACUUGAAUAGCAACGUGUUAAAUUUCAGAUAUAUUAAACUCUCCUGCUACAAGUCUACACAAGUAUUCUUGUCAGUCUGAACCAGGUCACGUUGCUUUGCCCCAGAUGGUUUUGGAUGGACUAAGACUGAUUUUCUGUCUUCAGACAUGUAGAAUUAGACAUUACUGUUGAGUCUAUGUUGUUUGAUUGAAACCAUUUUUCAUCAUUUUUUUUUAAACGUGCCCUAGCAUAAAGAGCUUUUUGUACAUAUUUUAUGAAUACAGCUUUUAAAAGUGAAUCAUUAACAUUUAUAAUAUAUACAGUUAGAGUAAAUAUGUAGAAUUUUAUGAAAUGUUUAAUGUAGAUUCUUUAUCUGGUUAUUGUUAUUUAUGUGAUAAUAAGAACGUGCUCUACUUGAAGUUAUUACUUUUUGUCACCAUUUCUGCAGAGACAUGCAUACUGAAAUAAGGAGAUAAUCUAAUGCGAAGUAGAUAAGAUUAUGUAGUUUUUACGUCAAAUUGUAAAUCAAAGUGCUUGUAAGAAAGCAACGGAAUAUAAGAAAUAUUGCUAAAAACGGGCUGAGACUCGGACACCCAGACAAGGCCGCAGAGCCUGGAGUCACGGGUGAGGCUCAAGCCCACUCAGGGCUCCUGAUUUUCAGAGAAUGGUUUGCCCUUGAGGGAAUGAAGCCUGGGGCCUUGAACUGAGCUUACUAUCAACAGCCAUAUUGACACUUCAAGAGGCACAACAUGGACAAAUUCUGCAUUUUUUUCUGUGGACACUUUAGAACAAGGACUUUGCUUGGACAUGAAUCAAAUCUCUUAUUUGUGUGUGUGUGUUUUGAUAACUCCUAAAUGUCAAACUGUUCUCCAUAAGUUCCAAGAAAAGACUAGUGAAUGAGAAAUAACACUGGUCCAUCAGUGGGAUACCUUCAUGCUUUCUUGAGGCACAAGAACACAUAACCGCACCAUUCCUAGUUGUCGUCCUCAUGAGGUCCACAAAGCAGAUAUGGCUGUUUAUGAUACAUAUGACUGUGACGCUGGUCUCUGGUAGGUGGCUGAUUUUACAUGUUGUCCAAAAGUAACAGUUCCAAAAUAUCUUCAAGGUUGUUUGUUGGGAUUUUAUGUUUCUUUUUCAGUUCAGUGAAAUUCAAUCUUUAAGCAAUAAUGACGGAAACUGGAACAUUUUUAAGAAAACAGAAGAUUACUCUGUUUCUUUCUCUCUCUCUACCUUUUGUGUACAUGUUUCUUCCCUGGUUCUCUUAAUGUUGUGAGUGCUCUUAAUAGUGUGCACACUGUUCCUAUCACCAAUCUGGAGGACAAUGUUUUCUCCCUUUAUUUUACACAAAGAUGGAAUCUGUUUGUCCCAGGACAUUCAUGAAGAUGUCCAUGCCAGCAGUGACCAGAUAGUGGAUGGCAUUUCUAAUUUCUGCCAUGUUGGUUUGAGCUAAUUUGACUAUUCGAUUCACACUCCCUUUUACCUCCUGCUCUAGUUUGCCUGCCUUGUGCCAAAAUAUAUACAUAGAUUUUUUUUCCAAUAAUCUAAUAGACUGCACAUACAACCUAUGAGAGUGAAACUCUCUUAUGAUCAGAAAGCACAAAAAAAUAAAUCUGUUUUCCCAUGAAUCUUUAAAAAUCAUUAAGCCUCCUGUGAAAAUGUAUGUGUGCGUGUUAACUGAGAAAUAUGUGAAUUGUGUCCAGUGUUUCUGGAACAUGAAGAUUUCAAUAACGUUUAAAAAGGGACAUGGCCAGUAUGAAGUAAUUUAAAUAACAACAGACAUCUAUGUUAUUUGUUCUCUGUGCUAAAUACAUUUCUGUCUGUGACUGUUCUGAACUGUCUGCUGACACAAAGGAAAACGUAUUUUCAUAGGAUUUUGUGUCUUGGUUUUCGGACUCAUUUGCUCGUUCUCUGUACAGGGUAUGUAUGAAUGCGUGAAAACGAAAUAAAGCAGAGAGAGAUAGAAUUAAAUCGAUUAGUCUUCCA